ACGACCCUUAGAACUUCCAACCUCUUUCAACAUGGCUGACACCAAGGAGCACGAGCCCACCGUCGAGGACGUUGAGGACGACGUCGAGUCCGACGAGGAGGUCUCCGACGAUGAGGAUGGCGAGGACGGCAAGCCCAAGCAGAGCCGCAGCGAGAAGAAGUCCCGCAAGGCCAUGCAGAAGCUCGGCAUGAAGCCCGUCCCCGGCGUUCAGCGCGUGACCAUCAAGAAGAACAAGAACAUCCUCUUCGUCAUCUCCAAGCCCGACGUGUUCAAGUCCCCCAACUCCGACACUCACGUCAUCUUCGGCGAGGCGAAGAUCGAGGACCUCUCCGCCGCGUCCCAGGCUGCCGCCGCGGAGGCUUUCAAGUCCGACAUGCCCGCCGUCGAGGCGCCCUCCGCCGCCGCCGCCGAGGAGGAGGAUGAGGGUGAGAUCGACGAGACUGGCGUCGAGCCCAAGGACAUCGAGCUCGUCAUGACCCAGGCGGGUGUGUCCCGCGGCAAGGCGGUCAACGCGCUCAAGGCGAACGACGGAGACAUCGUGUCCGCGAUCAUGGACCUAACCAUGUGAUCGGUGAAGGCUUUCACGUGCGCGCAAACGAGGAGCGCGAACGCGAGGAGCAACGAGGGUGUUCUGCGAAGGGAGUUUUGCGCAAAGUAGUCGCAGGGCGCGACACACAUGCGCGGCUCCGACGCAGUGUUGAAGGCGCGGGUUAGCCGCAAACGCUUCGGCUUUAAUACAACGUAGGGUCGAGACGAACGACGAUGGCGA